CGCCCCGACGCCGCUUGGGCUCGUCCUCCCCCCCUCCCGGCCACCAUGAGCGACCAAGAGAGUCCCGAGGAGAUGGCGACAGUGAAGCCCGAGAAGGGCGAAGGAGAUGCCAGCAGUAACAGCAGCGCAGGCAGUGGGGAGGGCCAGGAAUCGCAGCCUUCCCCGCUGGCUCUGCUGGCAGCCACCUGCAGCAGGAUCGAGUCUCCCAACGAGAACUCCAACAGCUCCCAGGGCCAGCAAGGCGGGAGCGGCGAGCUGGACCUCACAGCCGCUGCCGCUCAGAUAGCCCAGUCCGCCAACGGCUGGCAAAUCAUUUCUGCCGGCUCCAGCACGCCGACGGCCUCCAAAGAACAGGGCAGCAAUGGCAGCAACGGUGGAGAUGCCUCCAAAAGCCGGCCCGUGAGCGCGGGGCAGUACGUGGUCACGACCACUUCCAGCCUGCAGAACCAGCAGGUGCUCACAGGCCUGCCGGGAGUUAUCCCAAAUAUCCAGUACCAGGUCAUUCCCCAAUUCCAAACCAUCGAUGGGCAGCAGCUCCAGUUUGCCACCACCCCUGCCCAAGUCAACGUGCAGCAGGAUGCCUCUGGUCAGCUCCAGAUCAUCCCCGGCACGAACCAGCAGAUCAUAACGAGCCGAGCGGGGACGAGUAACCUCAUCGCCAUGCCAAACCUGCUGCAGCAGGCCGUCCCCAUCCAGGGCGUGGGCUUGGCCAACAACACCCUCUCAGGGCAAACCCAGUACGUGGCCAACGUCCCCGUGGCUCUGAACGGCAACAUCACCUUGCUGCCCGUCAACAGCGUGGCCGCCAGCCUGGCUCCCACCUCUCAGACGGUCACGUUGAGCAGCUCCGGCUCUCCGGACAGCAGCUCCCAGCCGGCCACCUCAGGCGCUGCCAUCAGUUCCACCAACACGGCCACGUCUCAUGCUAGUUCUGGCGCCUUUUUUACCAACGCCAACAGCUAUUCCACCACCACCACCACCAGUAACAUGGGCAUCAUGAAUUUUUCCACCAGCGCAACGGUGGGAACCAACGUCCAGGCGCAGACGCCCCAGAGGGUCAGCAGCGUCCAGAGCUCGGACUCACUGCAGAGCCCAGUUUCUGGGGUGGCUUUGCAGCCGGGGCAGCAGAAAGAGGGGGAUCAGAGCCAGCAAUCACAACAGCAGCAGCAGAUACUGAUCCAGCCGCAGCUAGUCCAGGGAGGGCAAACGAUCCAAGCCCUCCAGACCACCCCGCUCUCUGGCCAGACCUUUGCCACUCAAGCCAUCUCCCAAGACGCCUUGCAGAACCUGCAGCUCCAAGCUGUCCCCAACUCUGGGCCCAUCAUCAUCCGAACGCCCACGGUGGGUCCCAACGGGCAGGUGAGCUGGCAGACCAUCCAGCUCCAAAACCUUCAGGUUCAAAACCCCCAGGCCCAGACAAUCACCUUGGCCCCCAUGCAGGGAGUGUCACUGGGGCAGACGGGCAGCACCAGCACCACGCUCACCCCCAUCGCCUCCCUCCCCAGCGGCACUGUCACGGUCAACGCUGCCCAGCUCUCCUCCAUGCCAGGCCUCCAGACUAUUAACCUCAGUGCCUUGGGAGCGUCUGGGAUCCAGGUGCAUCAGCUGCAAGGGCUGCCGCUGGCCAUAGCAAACACUGCCGGUGACCACGGUGCUCAGCUGGGUCUUCACGGCACGAGCGGAGACGGGCUGGGAGACGAGAACGCGGCUGUGGAGGAAGGAGAGACCAGCCCGGACCCGCAGCCCCAGCAAGGACGGAAAGUGCGGAGGGAAGCGUGUACCUGCCCCUACUGCAAAGACAGCGAGGGAAGGAGCUCUGGGGAUCCAGGUAAAAAAAAGCAACACAUCUGCCACAUCCCGGGCUGCGGGAAGGUGUACGGCAAAACCUCUCACCUCCGGGCUCACCUGCGGUGGCACACUGGGGAGCGACCCUUCGUCUGCACCUGGAUCCUCUGCGGGAAGCGUUUCACCCGGAGCGAUGAGCUGCAGCGACACAAGCGCACGCACACUGGGGAGAAGAAAUUUGCCUGCCCGGAGUGCCCCAAACGCUUCAUGCGGAGCGACCACCUCUCCAAGCACAUCAAGACCCACCAGAACAAGAAGGGAGGCGCGGCCAACAACGUGGCCAUGAACGUCUCCGCCGUCCCCAUGGACACGGGGGCCUCGGCAGAGGGUAACGGCGGGGCCACCCCCUCGGCCCUCAUCGCCACCAACAUGGUGGCCAUGGAAGCCAUCUGCCCCGAGGGCAUCGCCCGCCUGGCCAGCAGCGGCAUCAACGUGAUGCAGGUGGCCGACCUCCAGUCCAUCAACAUCAGCGGCAACGGGUUCUGAGGGCGAAGCGGGACGCGGGCACCGGUGGGCGACACGGCGGCGCCGGGCGGCACGGGGCCGAGAGGCGAGCGGAGACGGAGCCGGGAGCUAUUUUCACCGCGAGGGCGAUGUCCCUUGUCACCCUCCAGCACUAAAGCCCAGCUCCUCUUACCUGGGAUCGCAGCCCUCCUUGAGCUGUCUGACCUCCGGGGCCCGGUGACCACACACGAAGGCCAGAGCUAUAUAUAUAUUUUUUAAUUUCGGCUUGACCUUAUUAUUUUUUUUUUUUUUUUUUCCCCUUCUCCCUCCACUCCCUCCCUGAGAUCCGUCUGCCCCUCCGUAGCUAGCCUUCGACGCCAUCAUGCCUUGGUAAAAGUAUAUGAUUCUUGAAAUACUUUUUAGGAAAAAAAAAAAAACCAAAAAAACCAAAAAAAAAAAAAAAGGAAAAAAAAAAGAAAAAAAGAUUCUAUAUUAUUAUUAUAUAUAUAAAAAUAUAAAAUGUGUUCGUUUGAGAGAGGAGAGAUUUUGCUGCGACCAUGGUUUGGUCUCUUUGAUGCCUUAUCUUGGGACAGGUUGACCCUCUGGGGCAGUUCGGACAGUGCCCGAGCUGUCCUUCAGACCUUAUAUUACAUUUUAAAUUGUAAUCUUAAAAAAAAAAAGAAACACCCCGACCCCCUGGUCUUUUUCAUACGCUUUGCUUUUAGGUUGUUCUUUAAUUUCUUUGUAAUUAUUUGGGUGAGGUUUUGCUUUUGUUUUUUUUCUCCCUCUUGUAAAAACAGCUGCCCUCUCCCUGCCCUUCACUGGACUUUUUGAUCUUUAUUUUCCAGCGAUCUUCUUCGCGAAGAUCCUUUUCUUCCAGCUUUUCUAAUCCUCGCUCUGGCGGGCUGAGCGGUGACUCUACAUGUGGAAUCGAUUUGUAAAGGGUUUCGUGCAGGUUCACUCGAGCUAUUUAGCAGAGGGUCUGGGACCUGGUGCGUUGGGGUACAGUGGGAGACGGCUUGGGAGGUCCUCCUCGGGGAAAAUACCUAUUUUUUUUUGGCCGCCGUUGGUCUCGAGAAUAAUAAUAAUCCUGAAAAAUCAGCACCUCCAGAGCUGGUCGGCGGGAGACGGCACUUUUCCACCCCGAUGAGGUCCCAGCGGCGAGGGCAAAGCAUCGAGGGGACGCAGGAUGGGCCGUCACCUCGUGGGUCUUGCCGUGACGCUGCUGGAGGUGGCUCCUCGCGCUUCCUCCUAAAAGAAAAAAAAAAGGGUGUGGGAAAUGGGGGACAGUUUGGAGAAAACCCUUUUGGUUUUCCAAUACCUGGCUUUUCCCACCCCGGGAGGACCGGGAUGGCUGCCUUCUUCCGUUCUUCCUCCCACACCCUCCUCUUCCUGCUCCAGUCCAGACAAUAUCUGCCCUUUCCCCUCCGGCAGUAAACAGGCAGGGGCUCCCCUGCCCGCCGCAGGAAGGAGCCGUGGGGGGGGGCCCAGCACCGUCCCCCCGAUACCAGGGGGAUUUCAUCUCAGGGUGAUGCAGAGCGCGCGGGGCAGCUUUAUUUCGUCCCCGAAACAAGGCAGCAGUGGGACGUGGAUCCCAACCACCCCCUCGAAGGCUGCAGGGAGCCAUUCGGUGAAAUCUCUUCUUGUUUUCGAGCAGAAAUUUCGGGGUGAGAUGAGCACGAAGUGGGUCUGAGCUGGAGAGGAGAGAGCUCCGCCGGGAAGUUUAGAGGAGAGCUGAGCAGAGCGUCGGUCAUAGGAAAAACCUGGGAUGUGGAAACCAGCCCCAGUUCGGAGCUGGAGAGGGGGUCGAGCUCACGUUAGUGGUUCGGAGAGGUGGAGGCGGCCGGGGGCAUCCCCGUCUCGCUGGGUCAGGUUUGUCGCGUGUAUCCCCUUUGUUCACGGGGGGGAAAGCCGGCACGGAGGCGAGAAGCCCCCGCUUUGCUCGCUGAUCUCAGAUCCGAGAAUCCCACCUGCCAAAGGCAUCUUCCUCCCUCCCCACCCGAACACGGGGGGUUCUGUUGUAUCAUUUUCUAGAACUGUUUUAUUUUUCCCCGCCUGAGGAUAACCAGGAAAUUUCCAGGAUGCUGAGAGCGGCAAUCCCCACCGCCGUGCUCCCCGCUCCCGGAGAUGCCUCCUUCUGCCCUGGCUGCCUGGUGGGGCUUCGGCAGAGCUGGGACCAGCGCCGGGGAGGGAGAUGCCGACUCGGGGCUGAGGUUGCCAAAAUUGCUCAGGUGGGCUGGAAAGGCCUUGGAGAGGAGUUAAACCAGCGCUCCCCAGCCGGGGCACCCCCAGGAGAGCUACCGGGGCUGAAUUUUCUACCGAACCCUGAGUUCAAUCCGUGCUCGGAUGCUUCUCGCGGUGGGGUGGGCUCGCCGGAGCCAGGGAACCCCCCGAAUCCACACCAGGGACCCCCCCUGGGGCUGAACCAUCGGUGGCAAAACCCAGCCAAACUGUGAAGGGCGAAGGUGUUUUUACCUUGGUUUUUUUUUAAGGAAAAAAAAAAAGAAAAA